UUUACUUUCAAUCUGUGUUGAUCUUGAUCUUAUAAGGAUUUUAGAGUUGAAGGCUGAGUUUGGUUUGUUUCUCAGUGAAUUGUGGGUAGAGAUAUGGCAUCUCAGUCAGCUCGUGUUCCAGCUGAAACUGCAAGCGAAAAGAAGAACCUUCCGAAGGAAAAUAAGAAGAUGAAUAAUGAUGCAAAGGUUAAUGAGCCUAUUAAAUUUGGCUCUCAUGGUACUAAAGAACCAAUUAAGGAGGAAGGGAAAAAAGUUCCUGUUACCGCCCUCCGGAAGGAUGCAGUUGAGGACUGGCCCGAACCUAAGCAGAUCCAUUCUUUCUACAUUGUAAGAUAUCGGAGAUUUGAAGACCAAAACCUGAAGCCCAAAUUUGAUCUGGCAGAAAAAGAGCUACAAAAAAUGAACAAAGCAAGAUUUCAGCUUAUUGAAAAAUUGCGAGCCAGGAGGGCAGAACGAUCAGAGUUGUUUGGUCAAAGGAAAUCUGUGAGUGCUGAGAAUCAGGAGUUUUGGACAGUAAUCGAAGGGAAGAGAAAGGAAAUAAAACCUCUGCAGGAUGCCUUGGGAAAGCUCCGUGGUCCUAGGAAAGAUGGUCGAGAAGGAGGUGCUGGUCUGUGUUCAUCUGAGGUGGACCUUGAUAAUCUUAUCAAGAGUCUGCAGUACCGCAUUCAGCAUGAAAGCAUUCCUUUGACAGAAGAGAAGAAAAUUCUAAGAGAAAUUAAACAACUUGAAGGAACAAGGGGAGAGAUUAAAGAAAAUGUAGCUCUGAGGGCACAGAUUCAGGAUUCAAUGGGUGAAAAAGAAUCAAUCCAGAAGCAGGUCAAGCUUAUAAGUGGUGGACUUGACGGGGUUCAUAAGGAGCAACAGGCAGUUAAGGCCAAGAGGAAGAUACUAGAUGAACAGCUCGAUGCCAAUACCAGCCAGAUUAAAUCUUUGGAUGAGGAAUUGAAGGAAAUAACAAAGAAGAGGAAUGCUGCUUUUGUACGCGUUCAGGAAUUGAGAACUCAACGCGAAGAAGCGAAUGCACCAUUCUACAAAAACGUUGCACUGUUGCAAAAGGCAAAAUUGCUAGCAGACAAGAAGGAUGUUGAAGCCCUUAAAGAAUUCUCACUUACUGAGGUCGAUAAAUUCAUCUCCCUAUGGAGUGGCAAGCCCUUUAGGGAUGACUAUGAGAGGAGAAUUUUGGCAUCACUUGAUAUAAGGCAGUUGAGCAGGGAUGGCAGGAUGAGGAACCCUGAUGAGAAGCGUCUUGUGUUACCACAGGCGCAGACUGUUUCACAGCCUGAGAUUGUUGAGAAAACUACUGUGAAACCGUCAAAGGAAGAGUCACUGCCUGCUCAGAAAGUAAACAAGGAUAAGAACACCAAGAAGACGAAAGAUGCAAGUAGCAAAGUUACGGAUACUAAAGAGAAGAACACCAAGAAGCCGAAAGAUGCAAGUAACAAAGUUACGGAAACUAACUACAUCUUUGAUGUUGAAGAGGAGAUCCAUGGUUUAGAAAAGCAACCCAAGGAUGUGAAACCAAAACACAAGGAAUCUGAUGAAGCAAAAUUGAAGGAAAUGAAGAGAGAGGAGGAGAUUGUGAAAAAUCGACAGGCAAUGGAGAGGAAGAAGAAGUUGAAAGAGAAAGCAGCUGCUAAAGCAGCAAUAAAAGCUCAGAAAGAAGCUGAAAAGAGGAAACUCAAGGAAAUUAUUCUCAUCAUUCUACCAUUUGUUUCUGCUUUUACGUCGUAG